AUGUCCGGCUCCGGCAGGAAAGACUUCGACGUGAAGCACAUCCUGCGCCUCCGCUGGAAACUGUUCAGCCACCCCUCGCCGGCGGGCGGCCCGGCGGGGGGCGGCUGCCUGCCGCCCGACAGCAGCUUCGAGCACUGGGGGCCCAGCCAGAGCCGCCUGCUGAAGAGCCAAGAGAGGGGCAGCGGCGCCUUCUGGAAGAAAUCCUCCUCCUCCUCCUCUUCCUCUUCCUCCUCCUCCGCCACCACCCCAGCCAGCCCGCCCAACGGGACGCUGCUGCCCGCCGGCCGCCGCGGGGGGCAUGGGCUGGGGCAGCCGCCGCCGCCCCGGACCGUCUUCUACGUGGAGUCCCUGGAGGAGGAGGAGGAGGAGGAGGAGGAAGAGGAGGCGGCGCCCGGCGGGAUGGAGGUCGCCCGGGAGCCCGAGAAGCCCCUGGCGCUGGCGGAGCGGCAGGAGGCGCCGCGGGGCUGCGCGGAUGGCGGCAGCCCGGCAACAGGUGACACGGGCGGCAGCAGACUGUCAGCAGCUGGCCACCCCUUGUCACCUCCCUGUGACAUGGAUUCGAGUAGCUCUGAGGAGUUCUACCAGGCUGUUCACCAUGCUGAGCAAACCUUCAGGAAGAUGGAGAGCUACCUGAAGCAACAGCAGCUCUGCGACGUUAUCCUGAUUGCAGGGAAUCGCAAGAUACCUGCGCAUAGACUUGUCCUCAGUUCUGUCUCUGACUACUUUGCUGCCAUGUUUACGAGUGAUGUUUGUGAAGCCAAGCAAGAAGAGAUCAAAAUGGAAGGCAUAGACCCCAAUGCCCUGUGGGAUCUUGUUCAGUUUGCAUAUACAGGCUGUCUGGAGUUGAAAGAAGACACCAUUGAAAAUCUUCUGGCAGCUGCCUGCCUCCUCCAGCUUCCACAAGUAGUAGAAGUUUGCUGCCAUUUUUUAAUGAAGCUUUUGCACCCAUCCAACUGUUUGGGAAUACGAGCAUUUGCUGAUGCACAAGGAUGCACAGAGCUUAUGAAGGUGGCUCAUAACUACACCAUGGAGAAUAUAAUGGAAGUUAUAAGAAAUCAAGAGUUUUUACUCUUACCGGCUGAAGAACUCCAUAAACUUCUUGCUAGUGAUGAUGUCAAUGUUCCUGAUGAAGAAACCAUUUUCCACGCCUUAAUGAUGUGGGUGAAAUAUGAUAUGCAGACGCGAUGCAGUGACCUAAGUAUGCUACUUGCUUACAUCAGAUUACCACUGCUUCCACCACAGAUACUGGCUGACCUAGAAAACCAUGCACUUUUUAAGGAUGAUCUGGAAUGCCAGAAGCUUAUUUUGGAAGCCAUGAAAUACCAUCUCCUACCAGAAAGAAGAACUCUGAUGCAAAGUCCAAGAACAAAACCUAGAAAAUCUACAGUUGGGACACUUUAUGCUGUUGGAGGAAUGGAUAACAACAAAGGUGCUACAACCAUUGAAAAGUAUGAUCUCAGAACAAAUAUAUGGAUCCAGGCUGGAGUGAUGAAUGGCAGGAGGCUUCAGUUUGGUGUCGCUGUCAUCGACGAAAAAUUGUUCGUCAUUGGAGGCCGAGAUGGUUUAAAGACAUUAAACACUGUUGAAUGCUACAAUCCAAAGACGAAGGCUUGGACUGUGUUACCACCAAUGUCAACACAUAGGCAUGGUUUAGGAGUUACAGUGCUUGAAGGGCCUAUUUAUGCAGUGGGAGGCCAUGAUGGUUGGAGCUAUUUGAAUACAGUUGAGAGGUGGGACCCUCAAAGUCAGCAGUGGACAUUUGUGGCAAGUAUGUCAAUUGCCAGAAGCACUGUUGGAGUAGCAGCAUUAAAUGGCAAGUUGUAUUCAGUAGGAGGUCGGGAUGGAAGUUCCUGCUUGAGUUCAAUGGAAUAUUAUGAUCCUCACACAAAUAAAUGGAACAUGUGUGCUCCAAUGUGUAAGAGAAGAGGAGGUGUAGGAGUGGCUACAUGUGAUGGAUUUCUUUAUGCAGUUGGUGGCCAUGAUGCUCCUGCUUCUAACCAUUGCUCCCGCCUCUUGGACUAUGUAGAAAGGUAUGAUCCAAAAACUGAUACCUGGACAAUGGUGGCUCCACUGAGUAUGCCUCGAGAUGCUGUUGGUGUCUGUCUCCUUGGUGACAAAUUGUAUGCAGUGGGUGGAUACGAUGGUCAAACAUACCUGAACACUAUGGAAUCAUAUGACCCUCAAACUAAUGAAUGGACACAGAUGGCUUCCCUAAAUAUUGGAAGAGCUGGUGCCUGUGUUGUAGUCAUCAAGCAACCAUGA